UUGCUUCGGGGGCGUGGGCGGGCCGGCGGGCGGCCAGGGGCGACCAUCAUGCUGGACUUCGUCAUUUUCGCCUUCACCUUCCUGUUGAUCCUGGUGGGAGCCGUGCUGUACCUCUGCCCGUCUUCCCGACAAGCUUCAGGAAUCCCGGGGAUCACUCCAACGGAUGAAAAAGAUGGGAAUCUCCCAGACAUCAUAACUAGUGGCAGCUUGCAUGAGUUUCAGGUCAACCUCCAUGAGAAAUAUGGCCCAGUUGUCUCUUUCUGGUUUGGACAACGCCUCGUGAUCAGCCUGGGGUCCAUUGACCUCCUGAAACAGCACAUUAACCCUAACAGGACAACGGACCCCUUUGAAACAAUGUUAAAGUCCUUGUUGCAGUAUCAGUCUGGCCUGGGUGGAGACAUGGCUGAGAGCUGCUUGAGGAAAAAACUGUACGAAAAUGGUGUCACCAAGCUGCUGCCGAGUAACUUUCCAGUCAUCCAGAAGCUGUCAGAAGAGUUGCUAGCAAAAUGGCUAACCUUCCCUGAGUCUCAACAUGUGCCCCUCAGCCAACACAUGUUAGGCUUUGCAAUGAAGGCUGUUACACAGACUGCUAUGGGCAGCAGGUUUGAAGAUGACCAGGAAGUCAUCCGAUUUCGUAGGAACCAUGAUGUGAUCUGGGCAGAAAUUGGAAAAGGUUUCUUAGAUGGCUCACUUGAUAAAAGUGUGACCAGAAAAAAGCAGUAUGAAGAUGCCCUGCUGGAAAUGGAGCUGGUCUUGAAGAAAGUCAUAAAAGAGCGGCAAGGAAAGAGCUUCAACCGACACAUCUUCAUAGAUUCUUUGCUGCAGGGGAAUCUGAGCGACAAGCAGAUUUUGGAGGACACUAUGAUCUUCUCUCUGGCAGGAUCCAUAAUCACUGCAAACUUGUGUACCUGGGCAGUCUAUUUGUUAACUACCUCAAAAGAAGUUCAGCAAAAGCUUUACAAGGAGUUGGAUCAGGUUCUUGGGAAAAGCCCUGUUACACACGUGAAAAUUGAGCAACUUAGGUAUUGCCGGCAGGUUUUGAACGAGACAGUGAGGACAGCAAAACUAACGCCAAUUGCUGCACGACUUCAGGAGCUGGAAGGCAGAGUUGAUCAGCAUCUCAUUCCCAAAGAGACUCUUGUGUUAUACGCUCUUGGUGUGGUCUUGCAGGACAGCUCAGUCUGGCCGUUGCCCUAUAAAUUUGAUCCAGAUAGAUUCAGUGAUGAAGCUGCUAUAAAAAACUUCUCUCUGCUGGGUUUUUCAGGAAGUCAGGAAUGCCCUGAACUGAGGUUUGCCUAUACCAUUGCUACGGUUUUGCUGAGUGUGAUUGUGAGGAAACUCCAUCUGCAGCCUGUGGAAGGCCAAGUCAUCGACACAAAGUAUGAGCUGGUUACAUCCCCCAAGGAAGAAGCAUGGAUAACCAUAUCCAGGAGGAACAAAGGAGAGGAAUGAAAGCGUCUGCGGAGAGGAGGCCUUUUGCACUGCUCGCCACCUGCCAAUGUUUCCUUCAGAUCAACUUUAGGCAUCCGUGGCCUGAAAUAUUUCCCUUCCUUCAUAAGAAUUUCCUCGGAUCGUAUAAGCAAAUCUGUAGGAUUAAUGGGAGAACCGGACCUUGUGGGGCAGAGCGAUCCCCUUGCCCCAGGAGCCGGAGCAGCAAGAAGUCACAUCUUCUGAUCUAGAAGCCCUCCGCCAUAAAAACCAGAUGUAAGCAGUCACAUUGUGGAAAGGCGCUCUGCAUACGGACAUAGGAACUUUAAAAAAAACCCUAUUUUUAAAUGAAGUAUCACGUUUUGAGUUAUAACACAAAACCCUAAGGGUGUGAGCAGUACCUAGUGAGCCCUUGCUCUGAAUUAAGGUCCAGUAUGAGUAAUGGGUGCACGCAAUUCAAUAAAAUGGCAGAAGCACACUUCAAACAAGAAACA